GUCGCGUAGUAUGCCCACUUUUGAUUCCGGGGUCAGAUAUCCGAGUCGGAAUGCGACCCGGAAUUGACGUCAACCUUCCCCUCACACACCGACCUGCACUACAACAUAAGCCAACGACCAUGCAGUCCUCCGUCAAUCGAAGCAUCCAACUCGUGCGGAAAACACAGAACCGCAAAACCUAGUCCUCCACCAAACAGCCAUCCAGUCGAGACCAACCCUUCACCAUGCCCAAAGUCGAAGUCCGAACCUAUACCAUCCCCCCGACCCCCCUCAUCCCCAACUCCCCACACGUCCUAAUUCACUACCCCGCGCUUCUCCUUCCCCUCCUGAAAACUCCCUCCUUCUCUCCAACCCACAUCUACGACCUCUUCGCGCGCAACGGCUGGCAAACACAAUGGAUCGCACGCUACGGCCCAACACAGGCGUCGCACUACCACUCAGGCGCACAUGAAGCCAUGGCCGUGAUCUCGGGCUCCGGCGCAAAGAUCCGAUUCGGAGUCGCCGACUCCGCGGACUCUCCAGACGAAGCUGGCGAGCCGGGCGGCGUGCUGCUCGAGGCGCGCCUCGGCGAUGUGUUUAUUGUGCCGGCGGGCGUGGCGCAUAAGACGCAUGAGCCGAGCCCGCCGACGGACGGGAUGCGGUUUCUUGAGGCGCCGGAUAGGCGGGAUGAGGUGGGGGCGAGGAGCUUUUUUGGGGGAGUGGUGCUGGAGGGGGAUUUUAUGAUGAUGGGGGCGUAUCCGAAGGGGGACGAGUGGGAUUUCAAGGUUGGUGGGGAGGAUGAGGGGCGGUUUGGGGAGGUGUGGGGGGUGCAGGUGCCGGGGAGGGAUCCGGUGCUUGGGAUGAGUGGGGAGGGGUUGAGAGGAUUGUGGAAGGUAGAGGAUAAGGCGAAGCUUUAG